AUGACUGCUCACCGAGGAUUGUGUCUUGUCUUUGGAUGGUAUGGUAAUGGAUAUCUUGGCAAGCAAGUGAGCGGGAAAGUGAAAGAUGAAGCAAGCUUCUUGCAAAGACUGUGUGUCAGCCGAAAGUCGCGCUUCGAGCUCACAGCAAUUCCUUCAAUCAUUCUGAUCACUCCGUCCUCUGCCAGGACACAACGGAUUCGAAUUGCCUACCCAAGAGCUCUGAUUGAACAUGUCUCAGUAGAGGACCUCUCUGAUCGAGAGAAGGCCAUCGCAGAAUCGUUCUUGCCCAUCCGCUAUCGACUUCGUCCAGAGCCCAAUAAACGAGUUUCCGAAGGAGAGCGGUGGCUCAGUGAUGAAAAUCUGGCGGCUCUCGUUCUUGAAGAGAGACCUACCCUGGUGUUGAUUCCCAGAUCAGCUCUACACGGUUCCCUCGGUGUCGGCAAUAUUCCCACCAUUUACGUGGCCAGAGCAGAGGGUGGCUGGUUCCGCUGUUCUAGACUCCAGGGAGAGAAUGCUACGGAGAAGAAUGAAGGAUUCGAUUGUCUGCUCGAGGCCCCGAAUUACCCGCCGAAGAAGAAGAAGAAGAUCCUUUGCGGGAAGAAACCAGAACAUCCAGCAGUCGUUAUUGCUCGAACAGCCUGA